CAGGUCUCGGUGGGGGAGGCCUACCUGGUGUACACCGACCGCCUGUAUUCCCGCUCCGACUUCAACAACUACGUGGCCGCCAUGUACAAGGUGCUGGGGACCUUCCUCUUCGGGGCCACCGUGAGCCAGUCGCUGACAGACCUGGCCAAGUACACGAUCGGCCAGCUGUGGCCCAACUUCCUGGCUGUCUGCAGCCCCAACUGGUGCCGGGUCAACUGUUCCCUCUAUGUGCAGCUGGAGAAGGUGUGCAGGGGAAACCCUGCCGACGUCACCGAGUCCAGGUGG